AUGAUCGCUACUCCGCCACCUGCUGAGCCACAAUUUGUCUCCGUGUCAGCGAUUCUAUUCGCACCGGAGGAAGAACGCCCGCGAAUAGUCACUAUUAGCUGCCGACCCUCUCCAAAAGCCUCUCAGGGCGUUUGCCCAAUCCCGAUGUUGGAUUCAUAUUUCGACAGAAACGAAGUCGCGCACCUCGUACUCACGGAAGGGUUGAAUAAGGAGCCACUAAGAUUCCCUCUUCAUGUGUGGUAUGCGCCCAAUCUCCUCACCAAAGGAAGUCCCAUCAACCGUGCCAUAUCGCAUAUUACUUCCAACGCAGCCGAUAAGCCCUGGUGUGGACCGGUUGUUGUUUUAAAAUUCAAUGGUUCCCGACGUCAAGGAUAUACGGACGCUGGUUCGAACGACCUUCCUGCCCUCUCAGCCUUUUUUUUAACCUAUAAAAACCUACUUCCCACAUGUUCUGAAUACUACGCUAUCGCUUCCCGCCCGUUCAUCGCCGCUCUGUAA